AUGCUCCCCACUCUGGAGUUUUUCUCACGCAUUAUUGUUCUCGCUGUGCUGGCAGUCGUGAUGAUUGGUUCUGCCUGCAGUGAUGAAUUUAUUGUUGAUGAGGACGAAGGAGGCGUAUUUGAUUUGGUGCCACGGCAGAAAGGAGACAAUGGGGGAGGAUCGUGUGCUCAGUUUCAAGUAGCUUCUGCUGGUUUGGGCGGUACGCCGCCAGAGCCGAUUCAUUAUGUCUCUGAAGAGUUGAAGGUGUGUUCGUCUUCAUUUAAGGUCCCACUCUCAACUUCGUUGGAUUCUGCGCUGAAAGCCGCUGUUGAAUCGUUGGCCUCGCGUGCAACAUCAGAUGAUGUGUGGGAACUUGACGAUGCCUGCUCUCUUCCUCCGCCGUGUGCGAGUCACGCUCCUCGUGGUGUAUAG